AUGAGUGGUGGGGACGCCUGUGCCAAGGACGAGGUGGAGCUCGCCAAGGAGGCUGCAGAGGGGAGGACCAAGGACACAGCCCCCGAGACGAUCUUCGACAAGAUCAUUCGAAAGGAGAUUCCUUCGAAAAUCGUGUUCGAGGAUGACCGCGCUCUGGCCUUCAGGGACGUGAGCCCGCAGGCCCCCGUGCACGUCCUCGUUAUCCCGAAGGUUCGGGACGGUCUCACGCAGCUUCAGAAUGCGCGAGAGGACCAGGAGGCUCUGCUUGGGCACUUGCUCUUUGUGGCAAGCCGUGUGGGCAAGGAGGAAUGCCCAGAAGGUUACCGUGUGGUGAUCAACGAUGGCAAGCAUGGGGCGCAG